GUUGAAAUAGAGCCACAUAGGGUGAAGAGGUGUCAGCAAGCAGCGGUGCCACGUGUAUGCUUUUGCUUCUGCUUCUCGCCCUCUGCAGUCUGCACUUUCCAGUUUGAGACUUGACUCUCUCUCAUACCUGCUUUCGCCGUUCCUAACACUACAAUCUUGUUUUCGGAAACCAAAACUCAAUUCAGUUAUCAAAUGAGGACAGUGCUUUCGCGCUUGAUCCAUUCCACGCCUUCCAUUUCAAGGCUCAAUGCCACGGCAAUUUCAAUCAGCGGGAGAAAUCUCUGCACGGAUUCUAACAAAGUUGAUGAGCCCUUCAAAGUUGAAGAAGCAGAGACUGUUAAUGUGCCCCCACCCCCAGCAGAAAAGUUGCUUGUGUUGGGAGGCAAUGGAUUUGUUGGAUCACACGUUUGUAGAGAAGCCUUAGAUCGCGGCUUGUCUGUUGCGAGUCUUAGCAGGUCUGGUAGGUCGUCACUGCACGAUUCCUGGGCUACCAAUGUUUCUUGGUAUAAAGGGAAUCUCCUUUCAAAUGAUUCAUUGAAAGAAGCUUUGAAUGGCGUCACUGCUGUUAUUUCUUGCGUCGGUGGUUUUGGCUCCAACUCAUACAUGUACAAAAUUAAUGGAACUGCUAACAUCAAUGCAAUUAGAGCAGCUUCAGAUCAAGGUGUUAAAAGAUUUGUCUAUAUCUCCGCUGCUGACUUUGGUGUAGUAAAUUACUUACUACAGGGGUAUUAUGAUGGAAAGAAAGCUGCUGAAACAGAGAUCCAGGCCAAAUUUCCGUAUGGAGGAGUAAUUCUGAGGCCAGGAUUUAUUUAUGGGACUCGAAGUGUUGGGAGUUUGAAGAUACCCCUUGGUGUAAUUGGAUCUCCACUGGAAAUGGCUCUCGAAAUUGCUAAGCCGUUGAAGCAGAUCCCACUUGUUGGGCCUCUAUUGACACCUCCUGUCAAUGUUACUGCGGUGGCAAAAGUUGCUGUUAGAGCUGCUACUGAUGCUGUUUUCCCCCCGGGGAUCGUAGAUGUUCAUGGAAUACAACGUUACAGUCAGCAACAUAAAUGAAACUAGAAUUACCUUUAUUUUGUUUUCUGUAUAAAUAUAAUAUGGGGCGAUUUGCUUCUGAACAGAAUAUCCCUGUUUACUAUUGUUUAACUGAGAAUAUUUCUCCAUACCAUUUCCUUUACAGAAUAAUAUCUGAAAGUGCGUGCAUGUGACCAUAGAACUUUCUUUCCAAUUUUUUAAUUCAAUACGUCAGAAACUUUUUUGUUGAA